GCGUUGAGCGACCGGCCCGGGGCAGCCGAGCGGGCACCGAGCGGGGGCGGGCGGGCUCAUGGCCGCGACCGACCGGACAGCGCUGGGGCCGCUGGUGGGAGCCAUCGAUCAGGGCACCAGCUCCAGCCGCUUCCUGGUUUUUAAUGCAAAGACAGCAGAGCUCUUGAGUCACCAUCAAGUUGAAAUAAGUCAAAAAUUCCCUAAAGAAGGAUGGGUGGAACAAGAUCCAAAGGAAAUAUUAAACUCUGUCUUUGAAUGUGUGGAGAAGACCUGUGAAAAACUGAAACAACUGAACAUAAACAUCUCUAACAUAAAAGCCAUUGGAGUCACUAAUCAGAGAGAAACGACAGUGGUUUGGGACAGGACAACUGGAGAACCUCUCUAUAAUGCUAUUGUGUGGCUUGACCUGAGAACACAGUCAACAGUUGAACGUCUUCUUAAUAGAAUUCCAGGAAAAAACAAAGCCUUUUCUAAGUUUAAGACUGGCCUUCCACUUAGCACUUAUUUUAGUGCAGUGAAACUUCGAUGGCUUUUGGAUAAUGUGGAAGAGAUUAAGAAAGCAGUUGAUGAUGGAAGAGCUAUGUUUGGUACUAUUGAUUCAUGGCUUAUAUGGAGUUUGACAGGUGGGAAGAAUGGAGGAAUUCACUGCACAGAUGUAACCAAUGCCAGUAGAACGAUGUUGUUCAACAUUCAUUCCUUGGAGUGGGAUCCUGAGCUCUGCCAGUUCUUUGAGAUUCCUAUGGAAAUACUUCCAAAAGUACGAAGCUCCUCUGAGAUAUAUGGCCUGAUGAAAAUCUGUCCUAGCCUGAAAUCUGGAGCUUUGACAGGAGUACCAAUUUCUGGGUGCUUGGGUGACCAGUCUGCUGCGCUCGUUGGGCAAAUGUGUUUUCAAGAUGGGCAAGCAAAAAAUACGUACGGAACAGGCUGUUUCUUGCUGUGCAAUACAGGUCAGAAGUCUGUGUUUUCUGAGCAUGGUCUUCUAACCACAAUAGCCUACAAACUGGGCAGAGACAAACCUGUUUGUUAUGCACUAGAGGGAUCUGUUGCAAUAGCUGGUGCUGUUGUCCGUUGGCUGAGGGACAAUCUGGGUAUCGCUAAGUCUUCACUGGAAGUUGAAAAACUGGCUGCAGAAGUGGGGACUUCUUAUGGCGUCUACUUUGUGCCGGCAUUUUCAGGACUGUAUGCACCAUACUGGGAACCCAGUGCAAGGGGUAUUAUCUGUGGCCUUACUCAGUUUACAAAUAAAAAACACAUCGCCUUUGCUGCACUAGAAGCUGUCUGCUUUCAAACACGAGAGAUUUUAGAUGCCAUGAACAAGGACUGUGGGAUACCACUAAGUCAGUUACAAGUAGACGGAGGAAUGACCAAUAACAAAAUCCUCAUGCAACUCCAAGCAGACAUUCUUUGUAUUCCAGUAGUAAAGCCAUCAAUGCCUGAAACUACAGCUUUAGGAGCUGCUAUGGCAGCAGGAGCUGCAGAAGGAGUUGGAGUUUGGAGCCUGAAUCCUGGAGACUGGACAGCAGUGACAUCUGAACGAUUUGAACCACAGCUUAAUCCAGAGGAAAGUGAAUUUCGGUACGCCAGAUGGAAGAAAGCUGUACUGAAAUCUAUGGGCUGGGAGACAUCUGAAGCUUCUUCAAAUGGUGACACUAGUAUCUUCUCUAGUCUGCCUUUGGGUCUUUUUAUUAUGAGUAGCAUGGUAAUGUUAAUCGGAGCAAAGUACGUCUCAGAUAAAUGAGACUACUUAGUGGACAUGAUGGAUGCAGCUGAUUUUUUUGUCGCGGUUUGUUUUGUUGUCGGAAGAGAUUCUACCAUCAACGUGAUUAUGCUACUUGUGUGGUUCAAUAUAUUCAUGAAUCCACCUGUCACCAGUCUCUGAGUAACCUUCCAGUGGUGCACUGAAAAUUCAGUCUUCAGCCCUUCAUUACUCUGUUCCCUUCCCCAUCAACUCCAACUGCACUGGAGGCCUUUGCGUGGAGUAUCACACGUCAUCCUCUAAAAUUUCACAAGCCUAAGGUUUGUUUGAGAAAGUGGUAUAACAAAAACCUACAAUCUGUGAGGUAGCGAUGGCAGAUGUUUAGCUGCCCUUUUCAGGGGUUUGGUACUUUAUGCAACACACUGCAGAAAGUUAAUGAUGCACUAUAGAACUUUGUAAACAUCUUACAAUUCUUCCUGCUGCUCUGAAUUUUCAUAGGUCUAUGGUUGCCAGAGAUGUUUUAUUGUAGUGGCCACUGGUCUGAAACACCUUCAGUGGUACAAACCUUUGAAACACUAGCCCAGAAUGGCUAACCAGUAGCACACGGUGCCACUGGUUUGGCAAUGAAUAGGUUGCUGAUAUGGCCCACAGAGUACUGCUGAAGUGUUCAACCACAAAGUUUAAAAGUUCGGUUUAGCCUCUGCCACAUUUACCCAUUAUAAGUAUUUAAGACACAAAGUCAUGUAGUUGUACCUUUAAAGAGAUGGGAGUAAAGAGGUGUUUUGUUUAAGGCCAUGUUUCGUCUUCAUCUAGUUUAGAAAGACGAGUUUGACUCAGCAUGAUACUGACAGGACAGCUGCUUGGUCCUCAGCAACUGGGAACUCUUAAAGCUACUCUGUACAAUGCACUUUUCUUGACCAAUACUGCACAUAUUCUGUUGUCCUGCUUAAGGAUAUUUUAGUGACUAUUCGUUAUAUUUUUGAAAGUUGAAACUAACUUAGUUUUCCUUAAAGAGGGUCCACUCCAAACUAAAUAUUAGCUCUUUAGUUCUUGAUUUCAUUUAGUAUAUCUCAGGGACCACAAUCUCCCUUUCAGUUUCCACCUUCAUAGUUUUAACAGCAAGUUGUCGCAAAAUAUGCUGGGACAAUCCAAACCCCUGGCUCAGAGGAGUAAGUACUUGGCACCUGAAAUGGGCCACUGGAAUUCAUAAUGUGCUUGUCAACUGAGUCACAUCCACUUUGAAACACUUUGUUUUCCACGUGUAAGGGAGUGAGACAAUAAUCUUACCUUCAGCUUUCCUGUUUGUACCAACAGCAUCCCGAAUGCCAGCCCUAUUGGUUAGCUCAGAGAAAAGGUGUUCUUGUAUAGUGCCCUUAGAUGGGUAUGGAAUGGUAGCAAGGCUAAAUGUGGGAACAACAUGGAGAAUUUAAAAGGUGUGUUUAAAUGCACUAGGAGUUAAAGGGAGCAUUUUUGUGUACGUUUGUUCUUAAAAGAUUUUUGUUUUUAACAAAGCUUGUUUUUCUUUGUUAAACUAUGAUUAGAGGCUCAGUUUUUAAAAAAAUGUUAAAUAUAUGUGUCUGAAGCAAUGGAUUGCACAGAAGUUCGGGUCUGUACAAUAUAUUUAAUAUCAAGUGCAUAUUAAUUGCCUUUUUAUUGUCAAGUGCAAUGACCUUUGAAAAUGUGACUUUUAAUUUAGAAGUUAAAGAAGGAACAUUUUCGUCCUGUGGUUGCAUGUAUAACUUCAGCAGAGAGGGAGGAUUUUUGUGCAUAGGUGAAAAUACAUCAUUCAAAUCCUGUCUCUUCUGUAAAUACUCAUGAGGUGUGACAGCUAAAAUUUCUGAUGUUUCCAGUUUGUAUUGGAGACGUGAGGAGUGAAAAAAGAACAUGAUCCCAUAGAAAAAUCUUCAUACUUCUUAUCUUUACUCUGAGCUGUUGC